AAUCAGACAGAAACAAGGCUGCCUGGUGAGACAGAAGGACAUAGCUACAUUUAGUUAUUGUAAUUAGCAAGCUGGCAAAGCAAUACAGCCACAGUGAUUUUGGCAACGAUCGCGGGGGGUGCUGGAGUCUAUCCCAGCUGACUUGGGAGAAGGCAGGGGACACCCUGGACAGGUCGCCAGUCUAUCGCAGAGCCAUUUUGUGUCUCAUUUCUGUAAUAUUUUGUCUUGUUAAAAAAUGGCACCAUUGAUAUGAAAGCUGAGCCAAUCAAGCCUUUGAUAGUUUAUUACCCAUUACUGCUGAAUAUGUAGCAGAAAUUUGUAAAAGAGAAGGUCUAUUUUUCAAAAAGUUUGAAGCCCAAAAGUGCUCCAAUUCUGGAAUGACCCUUAAAGAUUUCUGGGGGAAAGAAGAAACAUAAACGAGAACUGCAGCUAUGCAUGAAUUAAUUAAAUAACAAAUCUUGUGUUUUGAGGAUGUGAGACUGUAUUACUACUGAGACAAGUGCCAUUCUGUAAAGACCGUUUCUAAAUGCUGAGGAAUAAUGUUUUACAUUGAAGCCACUAGAGGGCGGCAGACACAGUAGAAUGCCUGUUCCACUGUUUCAUUCAGAAACUUAACAGUGAUAAUGUUCUGCUUUCUUAUUUUGAUAGUGACCUUUCAGACUCCUAGAGGGCACCUUUAGGUUCCUAGAAAUUCCUUUAGGAUAGACUCAUGAAUUAAUAAGAAACCGCUCUGCAUCUUGGAGACUGCAAGUCUUGCUCCUGACACCCACAACUGAAGGUCAGAGGUCAAAAGUUCAGACAAAACAGAAAUGCACUUUCUGAUGGCCGACAUAAGCAGAUGCAUCAGAUCUCAGACAAGAAAUGGUAUGGAGAAUAUUUAAAUUGUAAUUAAAUAGUGUAUUUAACAUGUAAUUCUGCUAAAGGUAAUGCAUACAAAGAGACAAGAAACUGUGGCCUGCAGCUGGAGAAAUAACUAAAGCUGCUUUCUCUUGCGGUAUCUCUUCUUUUCUCAAAGGUAAGUGCUUAUUUUUCAUCGUCAAAGCUUUCCAAGUUUCAUCUCUGAAUCCAUAUCACCACCUUUCAAGAUUCAACACUCUCUGAAAAUAAUCACAAAAACAGAAUGGAUUGCUGCCUUUUGUCAGUUUAAUGUUGCUUAAUGUGAGUAAAACUGCACAAGGAGACACUCGGCACUUGCAGACUGCUGGAGUGUGUCUUAAUUUCUAUUUCUCACCUUUUCUCUUUUGACUUGGCUAGGCUAUUGUUCACAAAUGCCAGUGCCUUACUAUAUCUACUAAGGGUAAAAAGGUUUUUGUUGAAACUUUAAAGAAAAAUGAUACUACAAGUUCUACAACUAAAAUUUAAUGAGGUGGGUCCACGAGACAGAUUGCAAAUCUGUCUCGUGGACCUCUAUAAAGAGAAAUUAAAAAUGAGUGAUGCUUCAAUAACCAUUGAACACAUGGAAGUAUCUCUUGAAGAAGCCAAAAGAGAAAAGGAGGAGACUGAAACCUUUCUGGUGAAACAGGUGUACGAAAAUUCCUAACUUAAAACAGAACUUCAAAAAAUUCAGUUACAUUUUAAGGAACAACAGUGCCAGUGGGAGGUGGAAAUGUGCUGUCUAACAGCAGACCUAAAGAAGGCACUUUCUAAAGAAAAAGAUAACUCGGACCACAAAAAAAAAAAAAAAUCUAUAUAGGAGGUGGUGGACAGACAACAAAAAAAGAAACAGUCCUGGUGGAAGAAGUUCCUUAAUUUCUUUAAGAAAAGUGAUGGAACCAAAGCUCAGCCUAAUUCAUAAUUCAGGUCAACCCUCUUCCCCUCAACCUCUACCUGUCUGGACCCCUGAACCAAAUAAUUAAUAAUAUCUAUGGGUAAAAACGGGAACUUUUCAGCCAGACUUUUUUUCUCCUUUUUCCCCCCCUUUCUUUUCCGGCAUCUGGCGGCCAUUUUUGGUAUUGCUUCUCAGUCCGUCUUCCGCAUACACUUCCGCAUUGGUUUCUCAGGGUAACCCAUACAUUUACUUCUAAUAGCUGGUUCCCGUGAAGAAUUUGCAAUAUUUCAACUUAAUCUUGUAACUACUAGAAUGUGAAUUUAAACUACCAGUACAAAUUACGCAACGUCUUCCUCUUUCGCCGUUUUCUCGCUUGCUAACAUGUUAGAACUGCAUUUCCCAGAAUCCUUAGCGCCACAACGGCGGUUCCGCGUUCGAAGAGACAGUCGAGACUUGCUUUUAGGCAUUUGUCAGUGUUGAGAUAAAAGAACGAGGGAAGUAGGUUUUUCUAUACGAAGCCUAGAAUGACAGAUAAGAAACCGUGUAAGGUGUGUAAUUUCACACGACAGAAAUCAUACGGGGUUGUAGUUCCAUCCCUGGACGAGCUGAAACAAAAAGGAUGUGAGUUUCUCGGGUACGGCCCCACUGAUCCGGUCACAGUGGUCCUCGAGAACGAUGGGACGAUAGUAGAGGAUCAAGCCUACUUCCUGUGUUUACCCUCAAACACAAAGUUCAUGCUUUUGCAUGAAAAAGAAACAUGGUCUCCAGUUCGCAAGAUGGAUGGUGGCACAGCUUGGAUGGCUCGGGAGUCGGUGCUGCUGGAGACCGAUGCUGUGGACGCCUCCAGUUCAGCGGCACCCUGGUGGGGCUUGGCUCAGCAGCUGAAACAGGACAUGGCAAGCGUCAUUCUCAUGUCUGAGGCAGAUCUACAGACUUUGGUGGAUGCCCCGUGUGCUGAGCUGGCCUCCGCUUUGCGCUUCCAAGAAAAGAAAGCUGAGGACCUCCAGGAGACACUGCAGAGGGUUUUGGAUCGAAGAGAGGAGGAGAGGCAGUCCAAGGAGUUGCUUCAACUCUACCUCAAAGCUGCAGAGAAAGAGGACGGACAGCAGGAAGAACCAAGCCAGUCUGACCAAGGAGGUGCUGGAGACGGAGAUGUGCCGGAUGGAAUGGAGGUGGAUGCUGCAUCUGGAUUCAUGUCCAGGACACUGAUGGUCCUGAAAGGCAAAACAUUCCCAGAGACGAGGCUUUCCACCGAGGACCUGCAGAUGGUGGUGGCCAGAGGAGUGGAAGCGAUGGAGCAGGUGCUGGGCUGGGACACAGAAAGGACAAAAGCGCUGCUGCAGGCCUGCGAAGCCGAACUGAUCACGCGUCUGCAGCAGAUUCAGGCCGUGCAGUCCGUCAGGAACAACACACAGCCGGACGGCAACCCGCAGUCCAGCGAAAAGAGCACGGAGGAGGGCGUAGAAACAGCAGCUCAAGGCAGCGAAUAGGUCGAGACGUUACCUGAGCAGAGACUGAUAAGAAUUGACACUACCUGCCUCGGGGUCAGUGGAAUGGGAUUCGCCCUGUGUUACUGAUAACAUCUUCACUGCUGGAAUACAUGAAUGUUAAGGAUGUUGACAUUUGCAUCAUUUUGUAAAACUGGCAAACCACUUGAAUGCUUUUGCCUCCGGAGGAAGCUGGGUGAUUUGCACAAGUCAUGUUUAUCAAAGGCAUGAUGACAUUAACCACUCCAUCACUUGUGUGUUGGCUCCUUAUUUUGAUCAGAGCCACGCUGUGAAACUAACGACAGAUAAACUGAUUUAUGUGAGUCUUAAAGCCACACUCUAGCAUUCUGAGGGGGAAAAAGCUUAUUUGCUUUCAUGCUGAGAAAUAGUUGGGACCGUAGAUAGCACUCGCAUGUCUGUCCUUUAAGUAUGAAGCAGCCGGUUAGCUUGGCUUAGCAUUAAGGCAACAGAUAGCCUGGUUGUGUUCAAAAGUAGUCCAGUCUACCUACCAGCACCUCUUUAGAUCGUUUAUUUACACAUAAUAUUAAUAAAACACCUGCAGAUAAUCUCUCCUAAAACCACAGCUUGUAAUUUUUACAUUUCUUCACUUUGUGUGUUUAAAUAAAUUAGGCAUCCCACAUUGAUUAAUUAGCUUUAGAGGGGAAGUUUUAUUUUUAAUCUUUAGGCAGAACCAGGCCAGCUGUUUCCUCUAGUUUGCAGCCUUUACUCUAACCUGAGCUAGUUGUCUAGAUUCAUUUUUACCUGUCAGACAUGAGGCUGAUACCAAUCUUAUCAUCUGACAUUCAGCACGAAAGCAAAUGAGGAACGAUGUGGGACUACUGCUUCAGUAAUUUACAGAAAAUGUUUCUUUUCAAUUUGCUUUCCAGUCUUGUUUUGCCUUCUGCUCCUCCUUAAAUGCAGCCAAUUUAGACAGAAGGUGAACACAGCAAUUUAUUUCAGAUCUUUUGAUAAUAGUUAGGAAUACCGAGAAGCAGCUAGAAGAAGCUGUGGAUGUAGUGCAAAUACACAACUUAGUUUUAGUUGGAAAUAUUUUACAUGCGUUUUCACUGAUGCUACAUUUAUAUCCUGAGACCGGGGAACCUUGUGGAUAGUGUGAAGUAGCAACAGCUAAUCCUGUGCCUCCUACCUUGCUUGUUAUAUUGCUUCAUGUUUUUACUUUUUUCAGUCAGUUUUAUAGUCUACUAUUAGUAAACUGAGAAUAUGUAGAAAACAGGCUCAUUAUAGCAAUUAUCAGUCCAAUGAAAUGCAGCAUUUUCCUUUGGAUUUUGCAUAAAUGUGCACCUCAGGGCAAAGUGCCAAACCUAAUUGAUGUGUGACUAUUUAGGGAAUCCUAACGUGGAAGAGUGAAAGGUAGAAUUACCUCUGAUCCAUUAGUGCAGAAAUAGCUCAUCUCCAGACACAAUGCCAAAGUACGUGUGCAGCACUGACAGAAAUAGCAGACGGGAUCACGACGAGACUUAUAUUUUGUUCUGAGACGUACAGAAAUGUUUAAAAAAAACAGCAAAUCUUGCAUGGGUAAGCAGGCUAAUUCAUCAUUCUAACAAUAAAGAGACAAGAUGAGAUGUAUGCCACUUCAUUCACACAAGCCUCACUGAGCACAUUAUGGGUGAGAAUGACGUAGCUCACAGUUACAUAGAACCAAUAUUACUGCUUGAGUGCUCUUCAAGACUAUCCAUUAUAUAUUAUUGUGGAAGUUAUGUAUCAGUCUGGUGGCUGUUAUGUAAGACGGUGUGGACAAUGUGUGCAGGUCCGUGUGACUCAUGUACAAGAUGGCUGCCACAAUGCCUGUCAGCCCAUUUGUCUCCUGAACAAUGAACGCAAAUGAUGCAUUUGAAUUUGAAGAAAGAUCUGUUUUUUCUGUGUGUGACGAGCUGAGAUUGAGUUGUCAGCAUGAGCUUGUACUUUAGUAUUAGAUCCAGGGAAAAGAGCAGCGUUUAUGGACCGAUCUCAAUUAUUCAGUAUUGUGUCCACGCCUUGCAAAAAAGAAGAAAAAAUGUUGAGCCUCAGCACGUCUCAUGGUUUCCCCAAAGUUUAUAUUAGACAGGAAUUGUGACGUGCCAGUUCCCCACACAUUCCACAUUUUAUAUUCUAUUUAAGUGUGCACAGCACAUGCUAAGAUCAGACGCUGUAAAUGACUGUACAAUAUGUGAUUUAAGCCUUUUCUACCGGGCUUUGCAAAAGUUCUGUUACACUCGGUUUCAUGAUCUUUAGAGACGUUUACAUGUCGGAGUGAAAAAUUCCAUUAAAUAAACUGAAAGUUCUACCUUAUAGGCAGGUGUCCUUGAUACAGAUUUUUUUCUCCGGUGAAGUUUUAUCAAGAUGGAAGUCAAAAGAGUUGAGAUAUCUGCUCUCCUUCGUGCUGAACAUCAGCCGGAUGACCGUCCACAGAGUCGCGGAGAGGCUCAAGAAUGGUGAAGAUCUUUCAGGUCUUCACCAUUCUUGAAAGAUCACUGAAAGAUCUUCACCAUUCUUGAGCCUCUCCGCGACUCUGUGGACGGUCAUCCGGCUGAUGUUCAGCUGCUUGGCUCUGUCAGACUUGUUGUGGCCAGCAAAAAAUUGUAUUAAGGACACCUGCCUAUAAGGUAGAACUUUCAGUUUAUUUAAUGGAAUUUUUCACUCCGACAUGUAAACGUCUCUAAAGAUCAUGAAACCGUGUAACAGAACUUUUGCAAAGCCCGGUACAUGUUGAAUGGUGCAGGAGGGAUUGUUUCUUAAUAAAUUAGCGUUCAGGCUCUUGAAAGUGUUGUUGUCCCACAUUUUUGUGAUUAAUAUUAAAAUAAUUUACAAUUAUGCACCAUCUGAAUGAAAGACAUUAUUGUAGGACCUUAAAUCUUGAAUUUCCCUUGGAAUUAAUAAACUAUCUAUCUAUCUGUCUAUCUA